AGGGUCUCCCCAUGGAAGAAGAUUGUAAUGUUGCCCCUGCGCGCUCGGACUGCUGUCCCGUCACGUCAGUAAAUUCCCACUCACGCCAAAACAAAACACCAUGAAAGAGCACGAUAAGUAGCACAAGAAGCCAGCACCGGAUCAGAAUGCUUGCACGCUCAGCGGUGCGCACACGGCACGUUCUCGUCAUCCUCCUGUGCCGGCAUACCGGUCUCUGCACUCUCCCUGCUCCUGGUGCAAGUGUCAACCACGUGGUUCACGUGACAAACGUGACUUGGACGCAGAUAUUGUGGCUCACGCUCACGAUUGGAAGCAAGAGCUACGACGAGGCGCCCGCUGUCCUGGCGAUCCGGUCUCAAGAACGGUCGCAGAAGAGCAGCAAUGCCGUACUCGCCAGCAACACGGAGUACAGUGCAUGCGGCCAAGCUCAAAAUUCAACGACGUGUACAAACGACUGUCCAUUCUGCACCUACAACCGUAGCACGGAGGAGACAAGUUCAGCGUCGUUUAUCUUCUGCUGGAACGCUUCAAAUGUCACGUCACAUCACCUACAGAGCGAUGACAUCUACGUGACCGCCGCCAAAGAGAGGUCACAGUUCAACAUUGAACGUUAUUUUGACGUCUGGAACUGGCACGGUGUCGUGAACGCACACAGUGGUAGCAUGCUUGCUCUCGAAUUCAAAACCGUUUUCAUUGUCGUUGAAGAGUUUAACGGUAAGGACAGCACUCCGCUUGCUGUGCACUAUCUUACAUUGUUUCAGAAGAAUGCGUGUCUCUCCUGCUCGCUCAACGCGUACAGUAAUUUAACGAUCCUCGUUGCACAGUGCCACAUUAAUGAUUUAGUGACGCCGCCUCCUAAAUGCAAGAUUGACCCUUGGAUGCCAACGGUUGGUGUCUGCCGAUGGAUAUCUCUUGUUUGUCUGUUACUCAAAGCGGUUGCAUUCACCCUGCAGAGGCCGAAAACCUUUUCUUCCAAAUGCAUCAUGUGCCUUUCCACAACCAUGUUUGUCGCGCUUGUGUUUCUGAUUAUAAGCCUAAAUACUCAACGAGCAAGCAAAUAUUUUUCUGUGGCCGUACAGUACGUCAGCUUGAGCACUGUAACAUGGAUGACCAUCUUGUCGUACGACAUAUGGUACACCAUUGUAUCCAUGCGUUCUGGACAUAGCGGUAGCCUUCUCACGUACUGCGUUAUUGGAUGGGGCGCCGCUAUCCCGUUUGCCAUCGGAUCCAUGUCAUUUGUGAAAGUAUCAGACGCGUGCACACUUGUGCAAAUUUACAGCCCGAACAUGCCUACUACUUUGCACGGAUGGGUGUUAUUUUCGGUCUCCUUCGCAGGCCCGUACCUGGCAUUGCUUUUCAUAAAUUGCGGCCUCUACAUUCACAUUAUUUUCGUUCUCAAAACGACCGCGAAGAACGUUGAAGGAAGUAUUGCGAAAGCACAACGUUGUCGUUCCCAAGCCCUGCUCAUCACUAAACUUGCCCUGAUCAUGGGUGUUGGACAACUCGUACCCAGCCUUAUAAACUUGUUUCCAACAGAGGGAAUUUGCUGUGUCAUAACCGAUAUGGUCAGGUCACUUCAGGGCGCGUACCUCUUUUUCGGGUUCAGGGACUACAAGCACUUCGUUGCGCUGUGUCCUUCCCGUACGAGAACGCCCACUGUACACCGGUGUUCGCGAAGUCACUCUUCUAGAUGCACGGUGUACUCGAGCACGGCCUAGACAUGGUUUAUUGCAAGGGCCCACGGGCACCACCCUUAUAUAUACCCUUCUUCCAUGUAAGUAAUAAGUGUAUAUAACUAAUAAGUAAGUAAUAAGAGCAGAGUACUUGAAUGUUUUGAGCGUAUGAAACAGUCUUUUGUACCAAUGGUUC